AGGUGAUGUUUGGGAUUCAGCUGGAGAUGGUGGGGUGGCGAUGUCAUCUGGGCUCCUCUCUCUGGCCUGUUCUGGUCAGGACACCUCUCAGGAUCAGGAUGAUGAAGGCUGAGGAUCCCAGGAAACUGGGGUUUGGCAACCAUGAUAUUGACACUCGCCCCAGUAGCCUCUAUCUGUUCUCUCCAUAUGUCCUUUUUGUUUUCAUACUUUCUCCACAAAAUCUUUCUUUUAAGGACCCAAAAAGGGAAUAGCCCAUCCCCUCAUUAUUUUGUCCACCAAUUGGGCCUAAUAUUCGACAUACCAAUCUUGGUUUAUUAACUUCUGGCUCCACAUCUCCUGUUUUUAACAAGUGUAAUUUUAACAGUCCUUGAGUCAUACCAACUUGGCCUUUUUAUUUAGACUAAUUCAGUUAUUCUGUCUUCCAUUUGGACUUUUAUCCAUCAACCUUUGUUGUUACAGAUUACUGUAACAUUUUAUUAAUGUAUACAUACUUUUUACCAUUGAGCUCACAUUUUGGGUAAAUUUGUAGGCCCAAUUGUCACAACAGCACCUACUUACUCCAGGGCUGAAUUUCAGCUGCUGUAUCAGAUUCCAAAAAUAUCAAAUAAAGCCUAUUUAAGAAACCUCCACUGGUUAACCCCAUUCCAAGAAUUAUUUAGACACAAUUGAUACCAAUAAUCAAUGUUGAUAAACAAGGAAAUAAAUAACCCAUUGGAAUGUUGGCUUGUGUGGAGCAAGGGAGAAAGGAAAAUGGAGAAAUCAUGUUUAACGAAUGAAAAAAGAUGUCAAGUAGGGAAACCCCUUUGACUUAUUUGCAAACCAAGGGUACCUGGGGAUCUUCCUUGCCCAUCAAUUUGAUUUUGUUGUGGUUUUACCUUCAGGUGGUUUUAGUGUGACAGUUGUUAGAAAGUAUAAUUGUUAUACAGUUUGGAGUACGAGGAAUGUCUUGAUUUUGUUUCUCACUGUAGACUGUGGGACUUUACAUAUUUUAUUAAAAUUAUCUCUGUAUGUAUGGGGGAUAUACUACCAGAGUGGUUUUCUGCCUUUGUAUUUCAGCAGUUGGGGGUGGAGCCUACUACUGAUUCCUGAAGUGGUGGGUUUUGUUCAAACACUUCUGUUCUGGAAGGGCUUCCUAGAGAACAGAUUUUCAAUUUGUAUUUUAAUAGAAAUUUUCUUAGUACAGUUGCCCUCAAGGACCACAGGUUGCAUACCACUGUAGUAAAUUGGUAUAGGAGACACUCCCUAUUCUAGGAGCUUAGCGUGUUGACACUGAAAAGUUUCCAGCUGUUACUAUACGAGUAGCAAGGGACUUAACUGGUGUAUAAAACUGGGAUCAGCAGUACAGUACCAUGUUGCACUAAUACUAUAGUUUAAUACAAAGUAUAAUUGUGAAAGAAAGGUUCAUAUAGACAUCUCUCUAAAGAUAGUCUGCAGAAAACCAGUAUUCCAGUAACUAGUGCUAUGUGCUGAAUUAGGCCUCUUAGGUGACUUUAACAAGUUAUUUAACCUGGUGUUAGUGAAGCACAUUGAAAAUGCAAAGCACUAUGUAAAUGCCUAGUAGUGAUCUGGAGUUUGGUACUGGACACCUGCAGAUCAUCUAAUGAAACUCUGGUCACUCUGUAAAAUGAAAGGAUUUGCCAAUUGAAAAUGUAGAUAUUAAUGAUUUCUGUGAUAAUUUGCAGCAAUUGAAAUGUCUGAUUGAAACUGUCCCCUUUUCAGACUGAAUCUUAUCUUCCAUCUUAAACUCAUUGCAAGUCAAAGUUCUAGGAAAGUCUGGUCAUUUACAAUGGUGAUAUUGGAAAAGAGUGACAAAUGGGAAAGUGGGGCAGCUGUGCUCCCUUGCUUUCUGUCUGACCUACUGGGAGUACAGGUUGGACUAUGUUUGCUACUUAGCAGGAAACUGAAAUUCAGGCACAAGUUAUUGUAAACUCCAAGUGUGAAUAUGGGUGAAAAGAAACCGGAGCCUCUGGAUUUCGUAAAAGAUUUUCAGGAAUAUCUUACUCAACAGACACACCAUGUAAAUAUGAUUUCUGGAUCUGUUAGUGGGGACAAUGAAGCAGAUGCCCUUCAGGGAGCUGGGGCAGAUGGUGAUCAGAAUGGACUAGAUCAUCCUUCUGUUGAAGUUUCACUGGAUGAAAACUCAGGAAUGUUAGUGGAUGGGUUUGAAAGGACAUUUGAUGGAAAGCUGAAGUGUCGAUAUUGCAACUAUGCCAGCAAAGGAACAGCACGGCUUAUAGAGCAUAUCAGAAUUCACACAGGUGAAAAGCCACACAGAUGCCAUCUAUGUCCAUUUGCAUCAGCCUAUGAACGUCAUCUGGAAGCGCACAUGCGAUCACAUACUGGUGAAAAACCAUAUAAAUGCGAAUUGUGUUCCUUCCGCUGCAGUGACAGAAGUAACCUGUCUCAUCAUCGUAGACGCAAGCAUAAAAUGGUACCUAUAAAAGGUACUAGGUCUUCCCUAAGCAGCAAGAAAAUGUGGGGGGUUUUGCAGAAGAAGACCAGCAAUCUGGGAUACAGCAGAAGAUCAUUAAUUAAUUUGAGCCCGCCUUCCAUGGUGGUUCAGAAACCAGACUACCUUAAUGAUUUCACCCAUGAAAUCCCAAAUAUUCAGACUGAAGCAUAUGAAAGCAUGACAAAAACAACACAGACUGGUGGCCUGCCGAGAGAUCCACAAGACCUUAAGAUAGACAAUCCAUUAAAUCAGCUAUCAACAUUAGCAGGACAGUUGUCUAGCUUGCCACCUGAAAACCAAAACCCAGCAUCUCCUGAUGUUGUACCAUGCCAAGAUGAAAAGCCUUUUAUAAUACAGCAGCCUGCUGCACCAGCAGUAGUUUCAUCUGUGUCAACAAAUAUUCCUCAAAGUUCAUCUCCUACUAGCCCAGAUCCUCGGCCCCCACACAGUCAAAGGAACUACAGUCCAGUGGCAGGUCCAAGCAGUGAUCGCAGCGUCCACACUAGUACUCCUAGCAUAAGUAACAGUCAGCCAAGUACUCCAGCUCCAACCCUUCCAGUUCAGGAUCCUCAGCUUCUGCAUCACUGCCAGCACUGUGACAUGUAUUUUGCAGACAAUAUCCUUUAUACUAUUCACAUGGGAUGUCAUGGGUUUGAAAAUCCGUUUCAGUGCAACAUAUGUGGGUGCAAAUGUAAAAAUAAGUAUGACUUUGCUUGCCAUUUUGCAAGAGGUCAACAUAACCAACAUUGACUGACAACAUGCUUUCAUUUAGUUUUUUUAACAUAUGUUUCGUACUUGCUGAAGGAGACCUUGCUCAUCCCCAACAAGAAGUCCAAUAAACAACUUGACAAUGGAGGCAAAAUUCUUUGCAUGUUGUCAUAUAAUAUGCCAGGGAUGUUUGAGUCAUGGAGGUGGUAGGUUUUUGUCACUGUUUAAAAUAAAAAGUUAUGAGGAUUGGCGUGCAGUAACAUGUUUUAUGUUUGUUACAUUUAAGUUAUUUGCACUUAAGAUCCAGAAAAACAUUCUACAAAUGCCAAUCUAGGUUGUGUCCUUAAACAGGUUGCAAUUCAUCAGACUAGAUAAUGUUUUCACCCCUCAGCUCACAGAGAGCCGAGAUAUUAAACAAGAUAAGAGGUCUUGGUACCUAAAAUAUAGUAAAAGUUGUUAAUACAGUGAAAUGUAUGGUUCAUAUGAAAACCAUAGUUCUGCUUAUAAACUAACUGCUUACCAAACUGAAUAAAAUCUUUGCUGUGAGUUAAAGAAUAAACUUUCAUGCAUACAAACAAUUUGAAUUUAAAAUUUGUCAGUUUCAUCUGAUCAAGAUAUCAAAUUUUUAGUGAAUUCUAAAGUCUUUUUAUGCUAGGCCUUUAAUCUUUUUCUUUAAAAAGAAAAACUAGAGCAGUUUUAUAGAUAUGAAAAAAACUAGAAGGUACCUUUA